AUGUCCAAAAUCACAUCCCCCUUCAACAACCCAAUCUCCUUCGCUUCUUGCUCCAUCGGCCUCCCUCGACACACCCUCGAAGAUAAACUGGCAGCACUCUCCGCCGCCGGCUUCAACGGCAUCGAACUCUCCUUCCCGGAUCUCCGAACCUACGCCACUCAACACCUCAACAAGGGCGAAAUCGCAGCCGACGACUACCCCUCCCUCUGCGAAGCCGGCAAGCUCAUCCGCAACCUAUGCACACAGCUCAAUCUCCAAAUUAUGGUUCUACAGCCCUUUGCAAACUUUGAAGGGUGGCCAAAGGGCAGCAAGCAGCGAGAAGAAGCAUUUGAGCGCGCCAGGGGGUGGAUGGAGAUUAUGAGCGCCGUAGGGACGAACAUGCUCCAGGUUGGGUCGUCGGAUUCGCCGGAUAUCACGUCGUCGAUCGGAGACCUUGUCGCCGAUCUCGCAGAGUUGGCGGAUCUUCUUGCGACGAGGGGGUUCAAGAUCGCGUAUGAGAAUUGGUGCUGGGCCACGCACAUGCCGUCGUGGAAGGAUGUGUGGAAGAUUGUGCAGCUUGCUAAUCGGCCUAACUUGGGGCUCUGCUUGGAUACUUUUCAGUCUGCUGGUGGAGAAUGGGGAGAUCCGACGACGGAAUCGGGACGCAUUGAGACUGGUGGUGUGAGCGAGCAAGAUCUCAAGAUGUCGUAUGAGAUCUCUCUUCAGGAACUUGCAAAGACGGUUCCGCCGGAGAAGAUCUAUUUUCUCCAGAUCAGCGACGCGUACAAGGUCUCACCGCCGUUGAGCAAAGAGCCGGAUGAGAGUGGGUUGAGACCCCGGGGGCGCUGGAGCCAUGAUCAUAGACCGCUGCCGUUCGACGGUGGGUAUCUGCCCAUCUUGCAGUUUUUGGAGGCUGUCAUGAGCACCGGCUUCAGAGGGUGGUUGUCAGUCGAAGUGUUUGAUGGGAAAUUUGAGGAGAAGUACGGGGAUGACCUGUCGGGAUACGCCAAGAAGGGGAGGGACGGGGUUGUCAAGAUGCUUGGCGAGAUGAUUGUCGAUAGGAGUGGCCUCUGA